AUGGCAGAAUGCUCAAGUUUUAUUUAUUGGCCUCGAAUUGUGUUUGGACCACUCAAUUCUAAUUAUGUGAACUCUGAAUUAGGCACUUGUCCUGUUUUGGCGUGCGUUUGAACAGACUGCGGCCAUCUUCACGGCCCAUCAUUCUGAGGGAUUAUGAAAGCAGCCGGCUUCAUGAAGUCUUUUCUGUUAUCUAAAUGGCGUUAUUAAUCAGAACCGGUCUCGCAGCAACCUUUCUCACCAGCGAAACGUGUGAAAGCGCGGCCUGAAGUGGGCUUGGCAGGUGGGUCAAUUGACUGGUCGGUCAGUUGGCGUGAUUUUUAAAGACGGCUGUCACAAAAAACCAAAAUAAAACAAAGAGGGGGGGGGGUAAUCGGCGCUCUACCUCGUUUAAUUCCGGUCCCGGUUCAGUGGACUGAAAGUUGGGCCUUUCCCCGCCAUUUUUCAGUCUACAUUAAUCCAUGCUUGAUUGGAGUCAUACUCCCUUUCUUCGGCAUUCCAGGCACAAAACGGGAUGUAAUUCAAGCUUGGCGGCCAAAAUUCAUCUUUGUUUUAAAGAAAUACUUUUAUGACAACUUGCUCUUGCUCAUGUUGUUGACGUGCUUGUCUUCCGAGUGUCAUAACAUAUGUUUUGCGACUUUUCAAAGUCAGUAUCAUAAAUAAAUGCCAUUCCAGCAUCACCACGACCAUUUCCAACUUAAAACGUCAUCGUGCCACCGCUGACGGCUACUUGGAAGAAGCUAGCCUCAGCGGCGGUGGUCAGGCAGUUGGACUGGAAUUCGACGGGCCGCUAGCCAAAAAGCCGGCUGUCAAUGUAAGUUUAAUCUGAUGGAGUACUUAAGCCUUGGAAGUCAUUUUGAAAGCAUAAAAGACGUUUAUAAGAGUUCUGCCACACUUAUAGUGCACGUUUUGAAGUUGCAUUACGAAUGCAUUAAAGUGUUGCAUAACCAAUCCAGCCGGUUGUCAGUUAUGACAGCUGAUUUGUUUUGCUUUUAUAAAGGCCUUGCAACAGAUUGGAAGGGAUUGUGCCCUGAGGCCAUUAAUUCUAAAGUGGAGUCAGUGAAGCAUUCACUUUUUGCAGUCCAUUUUCCCGGCCCAUUACAAUGAAAUGUCGAGUUUGGGCCUAGUCCAGCCGAACCUGCUGCUCUCGGCCAUCUCGCAGGCUGCGCCCAUCACACAGUCCAGUCUGAUGCAAAUGUCAAUGCCUCAAGCCAUCCUCCCCUCCAACGUGCUCCUGCCCUCGCUGUCGUACCCCUUCCAGAACAACCUCGUCAGCCCUACCUACAACAACUACCUGCUGAGCCAGCCGAGUGUCUCCAGUUCCCUGACCUUCGACCCCCUCCUCCAGUUCCCCGCCUCAGACAUCAAGGUUGAUCCGUCGUGUAGGUCCAUUAAUUACCGGCCUUAAUUAACUCGCUUUCAGCUCUCUACAAUGUUUUUGUCGGAGACCUGGGACAAGAUGUGGACAACAAUACUUUGAAUAAUGCCUUCAAGAAGUUUGGACAGAUUGCGUAUGUUUUCGGAAAUAGCCUUGACUAAGUAGUAUAAUAUCACAAAAUGAAGUAAAACAUUUGUAAUAAGUUAAUAUAAAAAUAAAAAUAUUAACAUCAGUAGAGUAAUAUAAAUUGAAUCUUUACAGAGAAGCCAAAGUGAUUCGAGACGCUCAGUCGAUGAAGUCUCGAGGCUACGGGUUCGUCACCUUCUGGAGACAAGAUGACGCUCAGAAGGCCAUUGACGAAAUGAACGGAACGAUCCUCGGGAAACGGGCAAUCCGGACAAACUGGGCAACUCGGAAAAAUAAUGAAAACAAGAGAACGACCACGUACGAAGAGGUUCUGAAUGCUUGUGACGGUGAGAAUACCUCUGUAUACCUUGGCAACAUCGGACCUGAAGUUAGUGGUGAGUACUUUAACAACCUUUGACAAUGUUUUAUGAUAUUUGUACUUAGUAGUAAUACUGCUUUUGUAUAUGACGUUUAGUAUUUCUUGUCCACCUGGCUUUUCAGAAUCCGAAGUGCGAGAAGCCUUCUCCAAAUUCGGUACCAUAAGGCAGAUACGAAUGUUCAGCCCCAAGAACUAUGCGUUCGUCGUAUUCGACACGAAAGAGAACGCGGCCAAAGCAAUACACGAGUUCGGCGGUCAAGAACUGAAGGGACAUACGAUAACAUGUUCCUGGGGGAAACUUUCCGACCAGUCGCCCAAGCCCAACCCUCUACUGGUCUUCGCCAACAUGAAUCGCCUCAUUCAACCGCAAAUAAACCCCAUCUCUCAGCUAUACACACCCUUUGUCGCCAACUGGCAUUAA